AUGGCGGACGACGACCCCGCCAUGUUCGUCCUUUUCGUCCGGGAGUUUUGCCCGGACAUCAUGACUCAAUUUAAGGCCCAUAAAGCCAAAUUAGCAGCUCAGUCCCGCGCACCGCUCGCCGCCGCCGCGAAUAUCCCAGACUCGCCGAUGUCGCCCCCCACCCCCGCGCCCGCGUCGAUAGCGUCCUGCGCGGCAUCGAGCUCCGGCUCCGACUCCGACCGGCUGGUCCCCGUGGAAGAGUACGACCACAACCCUCCAGGAAAACCACAAAAACAAAAAACCACUAAACUGAACAAAGACUUUAAGAAUUGUAUAAAAAUUGGAACUUAUAAUGUCAGGUCUCUGUCAUCAAUACACCGAUACUUAGAACUCAAUAAUGCAUUGAAAGAUAUAAAAUACGACAUACUAGGACUCUCAGAAACAAGAAAAAUGGGCUGCCACAUAGAAGAGUAUUCAGACUAUGUUUUCUGCUAUAUAGGAGAAACAAAGGGAUUGUAUGGAGUCGGAUUUUUAAUAAAAAAGGCAUGGAAAAGCAAUAUAACUAACUUCACUUGCAUUUCAGAGAGAGUAGCGCUACUUCAAAUGAAUUUUGGCGGACUAGACAUUUCUAUAAUUCAGGCAUACGCACCCACGGAAAAAUCAGACGAUACAGAAAUACAAAAAUUCUACAAUGAUCUGAAAAAAGCUCAUACACUAUCCAAUGAGAAAAUCAUAAUAUUAGGAGACUUCAAUGCAAAAAUAGGGCAACCCAAAAAAGAAGAAAAACUCGUCAUGGGACAGUACGGGCUAGGCCAAAGAAACGAAAGAGGCGAAAGACUGCUAGAAUAUGCAUUGGAAUAUAGACUAGCAAUAAUCAACACUUAUUUCAAAAAAAGACCCAGCAGAAGAUGGACUUGGAAGUCACCAGACGAAAAAGUUAAAAACGAAAUUGACUACAUCAUGACAAAUGUCCCAAAAAUAGUCCAAAAUUAUGAAGUUCUCAACAACGUAAAGUUCCAAACAGACCAUAGACUACUUAGAGCAACAGUUCUAUUGAGUCAAGCGAAAAAAAAUAGAAAAGGCUUUAAACCACCACCAAAAAUCCCAAAAAAUGAAGAAGAAACAAGAUACUACAUAGACAGCCUCAAAUCGAACAUCGAAACCAAACUAGCAGAUACCAGAAACGUUCAAUCUUACUAUGAUGCGCUAGAAAUAGCUAUAACAAAAAGUUUAACUAGCAAAAACAAUACAAAAAAAGAAAAACGACACAAAAUAUUUAGCGAAGAAACACUAGCCUUAAUUAACCAACGCAGUGAAUUAACUCUAAGAAAGAAUAAAGAUGCUGAUAUAAAGAAAGAACUAAGCAAAAUAUAUAAGGAAACUAGCAAAGCGAUUAAAAGAGACUAUAGUAAGCACAGGCAAAGGAUAAUAACAGAAAAUUUAAAUAAAUUCCGAAGCACAAAGAGAGCAUUUAAAGAAUUAAACUUAAGAAAAACUUGGAUACAAAAACUAGAAGGCCAACAUAAAGAAAUUACAACAAGACAAGAAAUCGUACAGAAGGCAACUUCUUUCUACCAAGAAUUAUACAAAAACAAAAAUAAAACCAUCAAGGAAGCCAAUGAUUCACACAACUGUUAUAACACGGAAACAAUUAGACCGAUAGAAGAAAAAGAUACAUACGCGCAGCUGAAGCAUCUAAAAUCAGAUAAAAGUCCUGGUCCCGACGCAAUAACCAAUGAAGCUCUGAAAAUAGGCGCACCAGUUUUACUUAAGCCUCUCACAGAAUUAUUCAAUCUCAUACUAGAAGCUGAAAUCGUACCAAUCCAAUGGUGCACGUCGGACAUCAUAUUACUAUAUAAAAAAGGAAACCCCCUCGAUAUCAACAACUAUAGACCAAUUAGCUUACUGAACAAGCUGGCUUUCGUUCUGGGUUUAGCACACUAG